GUGAGAGAAAAGCACUGCUGGGUCGGUUGCCAGCAACAAGAAAGCGCACUCUCACAUCUGGGGAAGAAGAAGAAGAAGAAGAAAAGAGUGGAGCCCAUGCAGUUCUCCAGUGGCACCCAGGACCAAGACCAGAGCUGGCUGGGACAUGUCCUCCACUUCCAACUUCGGUCCCAGGGAGGAAUGCCAAAAUGCCCUCCACUUGGAGCACCUUUGACUCGGAAGCAGGGAUUUAGAGUUAGAGGAAAGCUUUUCAGCUCUUUUCUGGUUAUGAAGGAAGAAUGGAGUUCCCAGACCAUAGCCGGCAGUUACUGCAGUGUCUGAGUCAGCAGCGUCACCAGGGCUUCCUGUGUGACUGUACUGUUUUAGUUGGAGACGCUCAGUUCCGAGCCCACAGAGCCAUUCUCGCCUCUUGCAGCAUGUACUUCCAUCUUUUCUACAGGGACCAGCUAGACAAAAGGGACAUUGUGCAUCUGAACAGUGACAUUGUCACAGCCCCAGCCUUCGGCUUGCUGCUUGAAUUCAUGUACGAAGGCAAGCUGGAGUUCAACGGCCUCCCGGUGGAAGAUGUGCUGGCUGCAGCCAGCUACCUUCACAUGUACGACAUUGUGAAAGUCUGCAAGGGCAAGCUGAAAGAUAAGGAAUUGUGCGGGGAUGAGAAAAUGAAUGGCGGGGUGGCCCGUUUGGAUGUGCGGAGUCUGGAUGACAGAACGUCCUUAGGGCAUGAGCUCAGCCCGGAUAAUAAGCAAAAAUUAAUCGUGGCGGAAUAUGAAAGAUUGGCAGCUGAGAAAGAGAAGAGUGGCGGUUAUCCAGAUUGGUCCUCCGAACUUGGAAGCACCAGCUCUGUGUUAACUGAUGCAGAAUCGGACACCAUGGCAGCUGGAAAAACAAGAGCUAAUGUCAGUAGUUUGGUGGGACCUUUGUCCCAAAGGUCUCUUAACCACCCUUUGGCUCCCAGUGAUGUAGAAUGUGCUUUAGAUCUGUCUUUCAAGCCUGUGGCUGGGAGAGAUUCCUUCCACCCCUCCUACGUUUUUGGACAGCUGGCUUCCGAAGGCCAGCCGCCGGAGGAGGAGGAGGAGGAGCAGGAGCCGCAGGAGGGUAGCAAGCCCCUGAUUAAAGAUGAGCCGGAGUCUCUGUCUCUGUCGGAUGAGGAGGCGAGGAGCCCCGAGAGUCGGCAUUUUGAGAAUUCUGCCAAGAGUUUGAUGACAGGGUUAGGAAGUGUGUUUGUGGGGAACGGUGAUUCUCACAUUCCGGAGGAAGAAGUAGAUCGUGAGCGGGAAGUGAGCGAGGAUGACAUGGAUUCCUCAGACAUUUCAUCCUCGGGUGUCCUUGUGCCCCCGGGGCACAUCUGCAUUUGCCCACUGUGCAGCAAGGUUUUCCCUAGCCCUCAUGUCCUCCAGCUGCAUCUCAGCUCUCACUUCCGCGAUAAGGAUGGCUCCAGGACCAGACUCUCCCCCGACGGGUCAGUACCCACUUGCACUCUCUGUGGCAAGACUUUCUCCUGCAUGUACACCUUGAAAAGACAUGAGAGAACUCACUCGGGUGAGAAGCCAUAUACCUGUGGCCAGUGUGGGAAGAGCUUCCAGUACUCUCACAACCUUAGCCGCCACGCAGUGGUCCACACCAGGGAGAAGCCACAUGGCUGCAAGUGGUGCGAGAGACGGUUCACCCAGUCGGGCGACCUGUAUAGACACAUCCGCAAAUUCCACUGUGGCCUUGUGAAGUCACUGGUGGUUUGAGUUCUUGUAUUUUUGUGUUAAGAGAGAUGCUGGUCAACUUCCUAGGAUGUGCCGGUUUGCUUCUGGUGAAUGGUAUC